CCGCCCAGCUCCGAGCGCCAUUUCCUUCCGACUCUGAAGAGGUUCGCUUGGAGCGACGGUCCCACGAGGGAGGGUGGGCUGCCCAAUGUGUGGAAACUGUCAGGUUUAAUGAAGACGACUCUUCUUCCUUGGAAUUUCUUUAUUUGAGGUGCUGCCGAAUCAGUUCUGACUCAUAGUGACCCAGUGUACAACAGAACAAACACCGCUCGAUUCUGCGCCAUCUUCAUAAUUGUCACUGUUUCAGUUCAUUGUUGCAGCCACUGUGUCAGUCCAUCUUGUUGAAGGUCGUCUUUUUUCACUGAACCUCUGUUUUGCUAAGCAUGAUGUCCUUCCUGAUAAUGUGUCCAAAGUAUGCGAGAUGAAGUCUCGCUAUCCUCGCUUCCAAGGAGCAUUUUGGCUGUCUUCCAAGACAGAGUUCAUUCUUCUGGCAGUACAGGGUAUACUAAAUAUUCUUUGGCAACACCGUAAUUCAAAUGCGUCAAUUCUUCUGUGGUAUUCCUUAUUCACUGUCCAGCUUUUGCAUGCCUAAGGCAAUUGAAAAUAUCAGGGCUUGAGUUAGGUGCACCUUAGUUUUCAAAGUGAAAUCUUCGCUAUUUAACACUUUAAAGAGGUCUUUUGCAGCAGAGCUGCCCAAUACAAUAUGUCAUGUGAUUUGUGUAAGGGAAUUAAAAAAAAAAUUGAGGUGACUAAUGAGAUCCAAAAUGGCCAGUUUGAGGAUAGGGUAUGAUUCCUUGUUUGCUGGUUCUGUUUUCACCCUAGUGGCAGCCAUCUUUCCGUACUGUUUCUAAGAGAGGAAUGUCCGGAAAUGGUGAAGUAACUACACUGCGACCCCUCCCUGUCACGUACCCGUGUAAAUGCCACACUGUAACCAAAGAAAUAGGUGUAUAUCUCUUUAAGCCAGUCACCUUACAGGGUUUGGCGCAGGAAGUCCUAACAAGUUCUGCUACAGGAAUCCAUCCUUUACAAAUCCUGCCACUGGAAGCCCUGCCUUAAAAGGAACUACCAAUCGAGUAAUAUAUUUUGGUGAUCUAAGCUUGUAAAUACCAGUCAAGUAACGUGUUUCAUAUUCAUUUUUUUGCCUCCUAUAAAAUUGUUUCCCCCUCUGCCGUUUUUGAAUUACUAAAUUCCACCACAUGGAGGUCAGUCUAUUCCCAGCUGGAGCUGUCUCUUCUUUCAAUAAAUCUUUCAGUUUUACAUUAAUCAGAGUACAGAUCGUUACUCGAAGUCAGAUUUCUUGACUGCUGCUAUGUUUGCAGCUGUCCCCUCUCAUUUUGAGUUGUGCCACAUCAGCAAAUGAAGGUGCCAAAAGCUUGACUCAAUCCACGUCAUUAAGGUCAACUCUACUUUGAGGAGGCAGAUCUUCCCCUGGUCUGAUUUCGAGUUGUCUUCCAACCUGAGGGGCUCAUCUUCCAGCACUGUAUCAGACAGUGUUCCACCAGUGUUUCCACUGGCUAAAAUAUACAUACAUACACACAUACAUACACACACACACACAUACAUUUUUUUUUUUUUUUUUGGAAGUAGAUUGCUAGGUCCUCCUUCCUAGCCUUAGUCUGGAAGCUCUGGUGAAACUUGUCCACCAAGAGUGACCCCACUGGUAUUUGAAAUUCUGAUGGCAUAGCUUCCAGCAUUGCAACAACAUGCAAGCCACAACAGUACAACAAACUGACAAAUGGUGGGAUAUUAUUCUAGAAAGGAAAAAGUAGGUGGUAUUAAUAAGCCGAGCAUGUGAAUUCUAGAAUACAAAAUUCUUACUCUCUUGGGUAAAGACUAGUUACAUGCAUGGCAAAAUCGUUAGUGUUUUGUAUCAUGUCAAAGAAUAGCAUUUUUGCCUGCGUGCUCCACUAACCUUUAUCUAGAGCCAUUAUCCUUAGACUUUGUAUAAAAGGGUGUUUUCAAAUUUAAUUAUAACAAUGAGUAAUAGUAGAGUAAGGGCCUGACUACUUCAGCCAAGCAGUAAAGGCAACAAACUUUCUCUUUAAGCUUGCUCUCCUGCCAGGAUUUUUCAGUUUUAAAAUAACCCUUUUUCCUCAACUCUGGAGCAUACCCAGAAGAAAGUGACAUCAAGUCAAAUCUCUUCUUCAUCACUCUCACAAACACCACAGAACCUGCAACUCAUGCCUUCGGUGAUUCAGUCUUGAUCUCAAGGAGAGAGAUCUCCAGUACAGACAGAAAGAUGUCCUGAACUCCAGAGUGUGGCACAGCCACUUCAAUAAAGACCUAGCUUCAUUGGCUCUCUAUCUAUUUGAGUUGUGGAAGAAACGAGAGCAGGAGGUGCAUGUUUCAAGAUGGAAGAGACAUGAGUUUCAAUGAUGAAGAGGAGGACUGUGAAGAGAGGGAGAGGUUGCUGAUAGAAGACGUGCAUUUCUAAUCAUCAAUAAUAUAGUUCCCUACUGAAUUGUGUGCAUAAAUACGUACCAGUUGGCUCAAAAUUACAAGCAGUGAUAAGACUGCUGGGAUGAGGACUCUGAUCUGAUCUGAUUGUGUUGUACACAGAUGAUACUUAAACAGCGUUGACAAUUGAAAGCUGUUACUGUUAUUUAUAUAGAAGGAGUUAACCCCAUCUGUGGAGAAGAUUUAAAUUAUGGGGCAUGGAAAAUGAUUUCAUUAGCAAGACAUGGUAGAAUCGUCAGAUAUAUUUGAAAGACACUAGGAGUGGUACUCUUCUUAGACCAUCAGAUGCAGUCAUGGAAGGGUCAGCUUUGCCUGCUUAGUGCUUGGACUCUUGGUGAGUGAAAACCCAGAGGAAGACCACUGGCAGCUGAGCUAUUGACAAUGCAACUGGAAUCAGUGACCUUCAAAGAUGUAGCUGUAGACUUCACCCAGGAAGAGUGGGCCCUGCUGGACACAUCCCAGAGAAAGCUAUUUAGAGAAGUGAUGAUGGAAAGCAUUGAUCACUUGGUCUUUGUGGGGAAUCAGCUCUGCAGAUCAGAUGUGAUUUCCCAACUAGAGCGAGGAGAGGAACUGUGGAGAGAAAGAAUAGGAUUUUUCCAAUGCCAGAGUCCAGGCAGGGAAAUUGGCCUUAACAAAGAAGAAAUGAUAUCCUUUCAACAUAUCUGUAGGAAGGACACACCAACCAUCAUGGCACUGCAGAGAUAUCUCUCUGGAGAGAAUACCUUUGAAUGCAAUGAUUUGGGAGGAGAUUUCACUCACAGCCUUACAUUGACUCAAGAUGUGUUAAAUCACAUGGGAAAGAAACACAAUACCAGCAAAGAAUUUGGAAAGUUCCUUCCUGACCAAUCAUCGUUUAACCAACAUAAGCAGAUUCACUCCAGGAGUAAAUCAUAUGAGUGUCAUCUAUGUGGGAAAGCCUUUAUUCAAAGCUCUGGCCUUAAACAACACAUUAGAACUCAUACUGGAGAGAAACCAUAUGAAUGUCAUAUAUGUGGAAAAGCCUUCAGUAAUUUUUCUGGCCUCACUCAACACUAUAGAACUCACACUGGAGAGAAACCAUAUGAAUGCCAUGUAUGUGGGAAAGCCUUCAGUACAAAUUCUAACCUUAGACAACAUGGGAGAAUUCACACUGGAGAGAAACCUUAUGUAUGUCACCUAUGUGGGAAAGCCUUCACGAAUUGUGCUGACCUUAUACAACACAAUAGAAUUCACACUGGAGAGAAGCCAUAUGUAUGUCAUCUUUGUGGGAAAGCCUUUAUUCAAAGUUCCGGCCUUAAACAACACAAUAGAACUCACACCGGAGAGAAACCAUAUGAAUGCCAUAUAUGUGGAAAAGCCUUCAGUAAUUUUUCUGACCUUAUACAACACAAUAGAACUCACACUGGAGAGAAGCCAUAUGAAUGCCAUCUCUGUGGAAAAGCUUUCAGUAAUUGUUCUCACUUUAGACGACAUGAGAGAAGUCACACUGGAGCAAAACCAUAUGAAUGUCAUAUAUGUGGGAAAGCUUUUAGUAGAAGUUCAAACCUGAGACUACAUGAGAGAAUUCAUACUGGGGAAAAACCUUAUGGAUGUCACCUCUGUGGGAAAGCCUUCAGUCAGUGUUCUGACCUUAGAAAUCAUGAGAAAACUCACACUGGAGAAAAACCAUUUGAAUGUCAUGUAUGUGGGAAAGCCUUCAGUAGAAGUUCUAACCUGAGACUACAUGAGAGAAUUCAUAUUGGAGAGAAGCCGCAUGUUUGUCAGCUAUGUGGGAAAGGCUUUACUCAAUAUUCUGACCUUAGAAAUCAUGAGAAAACACACACUGAUGAGAAACCAUAUAAAUGCCAUGUAUGUGGGGAAGCCUUCACUUUUUGUUCUGACCUUAGACAUCAUGAGAACAGUCACACUAUAUAUGUAAUAAAUGUGAAUGAGAGUUCAGCCUUAGCUUUAACAUUUCAGCACCCAACAGAAUCACACAUAGAAGGAACACUAUGUCUGUAAUCAGUGUUCGUGCUAGAGAGAAUCCAUAUGGAUGUCAUCUAUGUGGCAAAGCCACAUUAGUCAAUGAUCUGACCAUAUAUGACAUGAGAGAACUCACAGUAGAAAUAUAAUGUGAAAGAGUUUUCAAUCACAGUUCUAAUUAUUAAAUAAAACAAGGAAUGCACAAGUUAGAAAAUAUCUGUCUGCAAUCAAUGUGAAAAUGCCUUCAUUUAAAUAUUGAUCGUUUAAACAAAGUGAAUAAACACAGAAGAUAAACCUGAGGUCUGUAAUCACUGUGCAGUAUCAUUCAACAGUGCACCAGCCUUUGUGGAAACAAUAAAACUCAAUGUGAGAAUAACCAUUUGUAAUGGAUUGAAUUGUGGCCCCCAGAAGAUAUGUUGAACCCCUAAUCCCUGGACCUGUGAAUGUGAUUUAGUUUGGAAAUAAGGUUUUUCUGUUGUUACCAGUUAAUGAUGUCAUGUCAGAGUAGGGUGGGUCCUAAUCCCUUCUGAGUAGUGUCUUAUAAAAGAGGACAGACAUAGACCCGGGGAAGACAGAUGCCAUGUGGUGAUACAACUACAAGCCAAGAAACAUCACCUAGAAACACCAGGGGCUACCAGAAGGUGGAGGAGACAAGGAAAGAUCUUCCCUUAUAGCAGAGUGUGAACAUGCCCUGCUGAAGCCCUGAAUUUGGACUUCUGGCUUCUAGAUCUCUUUUGAGAUAAUGAAUUUCUGUUCUUUAAAACUACCCUGUUCAUGGUAUUUUGUUAUAGCAGCACUAGGAAACUAAGACACCAUUAAAAUAGGAAGUAAGAGAGAAAAGUCUUUACUAGGAGGACACAGCUUUUUAAGGAAUACCAGAUAAAUCAUGUGUAUAAGUUAUUAAUGAGAAAUUAUGAAGUCUUUUAUUCAUAGAGCAACAUUUUAGAACAUGUGUGCAUUCAUACUGUAUAAAACACUCCCAGUGUCUUGACUGAAGAAAAGGCUUGAAUGAUCACUCAUUCCUUAGUCAGCAUUACUGCUCUCCAGUGAGGAGGAAAUCUGAAAGUCAAAGUAUAAAAAACAAAAACUUUACCUGUAUUUUAUAUCAGAAAACUAAGACUGGAAUAAAGCAAAAACAACUUUAAAAGUACCCUUGAGAACAAAUUUAGCAAAGGAUGCAGAAUUUUGACAAAAGAUCUCUUAUUGAAAAAAAUUGGAACUGUGAUGUGAUCUGGGACUGUUGAAUGCAGGAUUUUCUAAGAAGUUAUAAGAAAUGAUAUUAAACUCAAUAGAGUAGAACUUGCAUAUGUGUAAGCAGUAAAUGUUGCUGAAAAAUCUAAAUGUUGGUCAGAUUCUAUUUUUUUAUAUAGUACCAAACACAUAGAUUUGGAUUAAUCAGAAAAUAAUUUUGAGUAUAAACUGAAACAUUUAGAGCAUUAAAUUAUGUUUCUUAACUAUUAGAGUUAUAUACAUAACUACAUGGUAAGGAUGAAAGCAAAUAUGUACAAAUACCCUUUAUAAGCAAAUUCUGAUGGUAUGUAAUUUUUUUUUUUUUAAUUCCAUAUAAUGUCUUCAAACCUUAAAAAGGAAUUACAAGCAAAACCAUUUUUUUCUUUUUAACCCUGGAUGAUUGUGGUUACAUUGGCUGGAAAACUCCCUAGAUGAAGACAUGGAAGAACAGUGAAGAUGUGGGCAGUGUCCCAUUUGCCGAAUGUCUUACAUAUUUAUACUAAUCUCUGUAACCCCAAAACACUCUUAGCAGCAUACAGAACACUGCUUGUCAGAACAGCAGAAUGAACUGAUGAGAAUUUGACCUUGGUCAUAUUUCCCAGAAAACUCAGUAAUGAAUCCCUAGAACACCAACCUGGAGUGACUCCAACCCUUCUUAUACACAUACAGAAGUAUGGGAGAAGAGAAUGGUGGUGCUCACAACUCUGCCACAAUUACAAGAGAAGGCCUGUUCCUAGUUACUUAUUUCACACAUGGGAAAACAGAAUAUAAAUGAUUAUGAUUAAGCCAUUUUUCUGAGAGAUGAUGCAAUGCCCACCCGUAUCCUCAACUUUUUCUGUGCUUUUAUUUGAAUAUGUUACACUGAUGUAUCUUCAAGUUCGUUAAUCUUGCCUUUAUGUGUGAAGUUUUUUGAACUUAUAUCCAUUAAGUUCACCCACGAAGUACAGUUUGCUAAACUCUCUGCAGUUGCACUUCAUCUAUUCAUGUUCCUUAUGAUUUUUUCUAUUUCAUGUAAAAUACAUAUUCCAAAUUCCUUUUUUUCCUAACUCCUAUCUCAAGAUAUAUGUGGAUCUGUUUGUUGUAUUUCUCUUUUUAUUAUUAAUCACAUUCCCUGCUGUUUUGCAUAGAUCUUGUUUUUCAUAGUAUGAUAAAUCGACAUUGUCUAAUAAACAGGGAGAGACUGAAGUUGAUGUUCUCCCCAUCUGUUGGAAGGUAGAGGAAGGACUCAUCACUUCCUUUCAAUCAGACAAAGGCAGAUCUACAGAAUAUAGCACUUAUUGGAAGCUCUGAAAUUGUGCCCCUGUCGAACCAUCUGACACCCAUCUUUUAGAUAGCUUUACCAUAAUAUCAACUCAAAAGUACAAGUCAAGUUUGUUAAUCUUUUAAUAUGACAGUACAUGAAAAUUGCAACUGCACCUUCCUUGCUUUCACUGAUGAAAAUUGGUCUAUGAUGUUCUACAAGUCAUUUUUUUUUUUU